AUGGCAUCGUCAGAUGAAAACCUCUACAAAUGGUAUGAGCCUUCCAAGGCUGCAGCCAUUGCGAUUUGCGCCCUCUUCACGAUCCUUACCCUUGCUCAAACAUGGCGUGUCUUCCGAACGCGCCACUGGUUUGGGUUAACUAUUAUCAUAGGGGGAAUCUUUGAAGUAGUUGGCCUCGCUGCCCGCGCAUAUUCCCGAGACCAUCUGAGUGAUCUGGGCCCAUAUAUCAUCCAGAUCCUUCUCGUUCUCCUCGCUCCCAUAUUAUUUGUCGCAUCGAUUUACAUGUUCCUCGGACGCCUCAUCCACGCUUCAGGCUACCCUAGCUUGUCUCUUAUCCCCGCUAGAUGGCUUUCCAAGAUUUUUGUUCUUGGCGAUAUCAUUUGCUUUCUGGUUCAAGGUGUGGGCGGGGGCAAACUUGUCGACCCCAAGAGCAUCGAAGAGGCAAAAGCUGGAAAGAAUAUCGUACUUGCAGGACUCGGUCUGCAGGUUGUUAUCUUCCUUGUCUUUGUCCUCUGCGCGGUUGUCUUUCACUAUCGAAUGGCUUCCAAGGGCUUGUUCAAGGCUGCCAAUCCGAAGCUGCGACUUAUCCCUAUGAUGGCAACACUAUACAUCUGUAGUGUGCUUGUUAUGGUCCGAAAUAUCUACCGUUUAAUUGAGUACGAGGAAGGAGAAGAUGGGUACCUGCAGUAUCAUGAAUGGCCAACCUACGCGCUGGAUGUCAUCUUCAUGACCAUAAUUAUGGUAUUGACGCUUGGGUGGUAUAGUGCCGAUCUGAAAAAAGAAGAUAAUUCCUUCCAAAUGCAGGCUGUACCUAGCAGUCACGGCAACGCCUAA